AAAAGGGAACUCUUACGGAGGUCUGGACAAUGGACAAUCUCGAGCCCAGUGCCUUCCCUCUGAGGACAUCUCAUCUGAUGGCUUUCAGGAGAAUCCUAUUAUCAACUUCUCCUGUGGCGUAUACACUUCUCCCAGGAAUCGCACCCAUUUCUUCUCUACUCAGUGGGAUUUAACAACGGUUUUAUUUCAUCACAACGAUCUGGUCCUCCCCUUGAGCCAAUGUCAGUGCACUCAAUAUGUCGGCAGAAAAGGAGCUGAAGAAGCCUAAAAAGAAGAAGCAAGAAACUGAUUCAGCAAAGACCAAAGGUGCCGAUGCCAAACCAAAGAAGCCAAAAGCCAAGAAGACAGAUGACGUCUCAGAAGAAGAAGGAAGCACACCUUCAAAAAAUGGAAAAAAGGUAAAGAAAAAGAAACCUGAAAAGGAUAAAGAGGAAUCCGGAGAAAAAGAGCCAAAGAAGAAACCCAAAAGUGUGCCCAAAAAGAAAAAAAAUUCAGAUGAUGAAGAUGAUGACGCUCAUCAAAAAACAACCAAGAAAAAAGUUACAAAGGAGAUCUCCUCCCCUGUUGCCAAGGACAAGAGGUCAAAGGCCAAAGACAUUAAAAGCGAGCCAGACACCAAGGAAAAGUCUGCCAAGCCAAAAAAGCAGCCUGUUUCUAUGUUUCAGAUAAAUGGGAACAAACCGGAGUUUGUCACCAAAAAGAAAGCUUCCUGGUCUGACAGUGAUGAAAGUGAAUCUGAGAAUAAGCCCAGCAAGCCCACCAAAAAGAAGCCCCCUGCCAGUGCGGGCUCCAUGUUUCAAACUGGAGGAGACAGAGACAAGAGUAGGGACAAGAACAAGGACAAGGACAAAGACAAAGACAAAGACAAAGAUAGAAAAGGGAAGAAGAAGGCAAAAGCUGGUGAUAGUGAUGAUGAGAGCACAGAGACAACCAAGAAGAAGAAGGGCAAAGGCAAAAAAGGCAAAAAGGAGGAGCCACCUCCAUCGCCUGAAAUAGAGUUUGAUGACCUGGAAGAGUUUGUCCUCCAUCCUGCUCCUCAAGGGGUCACCAUCAAAUGUAAAGUCACUCGGGACAAGAGGGGAAUGGACCGAGGCUUCUACCCCACAUACUACCUACACCUGGACAAUGAAAAGAAGACCUUUUUGUUGGCUGGGAGGAAACGUAAGAAAAGCACAACUUCAAACUACUUGAUAUCAAUAGAUGCCACUGAUUUGUCACGGGGUGGUGAAAACUUUGUGGGGAAAUUGAGGUCAAAUCUUGUGGGCACCAAAUUCACUGUGUUUGAUAAUGGUCUGAAUCCUGACCGAGCCCUGAGAGACAUGUCCAAUGCUCGACAAGAACUUGCUGCAAUCAUCUAUGACACGAAUGUUCUCGGUUUCAAAGGCCCAAGGAAGAUGACUGUGAUCAUCCCUGGGAUGGACGAGGACAGCGAGCGAGUGCCAAUCCGGGCCCGCAAUGGUAAUGAUGGACUGCUGAUGCGCUACCAGAACAGGCAUUUGGACAACCUGAUCGAGCUGCACAACAAGACUCCAGUUUGGAAUGAUGACACCGCGUCUUACGUACUCAACUUCAACGGUCGGGUCACACAAGCGUCUGUCAAGAACUUUCAGAUCGUCCACAGCAAAGACAACAGUUACAUAGUGAUGCAGUUUGGAAGAGUGGCUGAUGACAUCUUCACACUAGACUAUAACUACCCCAUGUGCGCUGUGCAAGCCUUUGCCAUCACUCUGUCUUGUUUUGAUGGAAAACUGGCCUGUGAAUAGACUGGGAUUACAGUUGUUGAGCGCAACCAUGAAGAAAAGGACACUAACAAGAAUCUCUCUGUCUCAUAUGCUCAACUUUAUGGAGUCGGUGAACCCCCAGGAUAAGGGCCAGGCUUUUCACUCAUUUUUAUGAAGGCACAAUGACUGAUGAUUAAGUGUCUGCCAGACCUGUGGAAGAACCGGAUGGUUUAACGUGAAGUUGAUCAACAUUAUUGACUGAACCACCAGCAACAUUCAUUUUAAAUACAGAGUAUAUUAUGUCAUGAAGACUACACAACCAUUUAUAAAACUGAUGCUUAAUGGAGCAGCCAUUGUUAUUAUUGGUCUCCUAAACACAACCGAAUACUAUUUGAUUUUUUAUACGAUUGUUGUCCUAAAGCACAAUGAUAUUGGUGUACAUGUGAAAUCGUGUUCGAUUGAUUUACCUCCUCAACAACUGUGUGUUUUGACUUUCUAUUCAUGUGGAAUAUUUUGUUUCACUGAAAAAAAUCUAUCAAUGCUAGUAGUAAAGGAUAACCUUGUAUACGCUUAGUGUAGUGUUCAUAACUAGCAUUAGUAAUUGACAGCAACACUUUGUUUGAGUGGAAAUUUUCAUUUUGUCAUGUUUCAUCAUGCCUUUACUUUAUUUUGCUUUAGCCUUCUUUUCAUGGUG